AGGGUAUUCAUUUAUUGACAGUUAUAAAGAAUAAUGUACAUAUUGAAUUCACAGUACUCAAUUGCUAUUAAAAUGUCAAACGCUGUGCUUAGAUUAUUAAACAAAGCCAACAGGAUUGGCUACGGAGCUGCAAAAACUUGCUUUCACAAUGACAUAACGUGUGCAAAGGUUGCUGUGAAACAAUACAGUUCAGCAUUAUUUAUUUCGGGGGAUAAGGCACAUGAUACUUUUUCUGUCUUGAGUCCAUGCUUGGAUUUUGAUAAUCGUUUUGACAACAUUGAGGGGUUACAAAAGGAACUUAAGUUACGUGGAAUAGAUAUUGAUGUAGUAGAGUUAAAGAAAACAUGGGACUUUUAUAAAUAUGUGGAUGCAAAUAAAUGGGCUUUGGAGCACAAGAGAGGUGAGAUAACAAAUCGAAUGAGAGCUCUGAUUAAGAAAAAGGACUUGACUCCUGCAGAAGAGCAAGAAACUGCUAAACUCAAAUUGGAAGCAAAAAUUGUGAAGGAAGAUUUGAAGUUUAUUCGGGACAGUCUCUGGGAAUUAGAAAACUCUGUUGUCAUCCGUGCAUUGAGAUUACCCAAUGAAUUAGAUCACAGAACACCGCCAUCAUCCCCCACUGUUCUAAGUAGUGUUGGUAUUCAAACUCAACCAGCAACAGUAAAAAGUCACAUAGAUAUUGGUAAAGAUCUGGGUCUUGUCGAAUAUGAAAAUCCUACACAGUGUUACUUGUGCAAUGAUGCAGCACUGUUUGAACUCGGAGCUCUGGCCCUAGCUGGCAGUAUUUUAUCAAAGGAUGAUAUGAUACGUGUAGCUGGAACAGAUUUCAGUCGUAGCGUCGUUGUGGAAGGCUGUGGUCUCAACCAUGAGGAUCCUGCAGAAACCUUCAUACUCGAGAACAACGAAGAAAUCGAAAGGGACUCUCCAAAUCGACUCCAUCUAGUUGGCGGAGCCAGCUUAGUUUCUUUUCUGGCAAUGUAUGCGAAGCAGCUCAUAAAUCCGACUCAUCUUCCACUGAAGUGUUUCACUACAGGGAGACAGUAUUCUCCAUUUCCUGAAUCAUCUUUGCCUAAUGGAUUAUUUACAAUAUGUCAAGUCUCAGCAGCGCAAGUCUUCAUGGUCCUUAAGGAAAGCAAGUGCGAUGAAUAUGAAGAUCAUUUUCAAAAUUUAAUUAAAACUACUAGUAAACUGUAUGACAGUCUAGAUUGUCAUUAUCGAACAGUGAUUAGGCCAGCAACAGAACUUCGCCCUUGGGAAACCUUACGCGUAUCUUUUGAAAUGUGGUCACCAUUUGCUGAGCAAUACAUUGAGGUUGGUCAUGUAUCCACCUGUGGUGAUUAUUUAAGCAAACGAUUAUUAAUAUGUUAUCAAACUGCUACGGGACGGGAUUUUCCAGCUAUAAUUUCAGGCACAGUGUUGUCCGUUCCAAGACUACUUGGAUGUCUACUUGAAACUAGUUCAGAUAAAUUUGUUAUACCAGAAAAAAUAGCGAAAUACAUGCCAAUAGAUUAUGAAACUAUCUAAUAUUAUAAGGCAAUGAAUUAAAUAUUGUGCAUACAAUAAAUAAAAAUAGAAGUAAAUAGAUAAA